GGGGUAGCCAAUCCGUUUCCCAUAUAUACCAGAUUGCACGACCUUCGAACACGAAAAGAGCGUUUUUUUAGCGGUUCGAGCGAAAGCCGCCAAGGAAAGAGUAAAUUGGAAAAAGCACGAAGAAAGUCAGCUGUGGCGACUUGGAAAUUAGCACUGCGCUGAUGCUUGAGCUGAAAUACAUAACAUCUGAGCAAAUGGGAGUAGACAUCUAGGCGCUCGUAUCAAACAGGUUGCACCUAAUAUCUUAUUACUACAAUGGCAACUAGUCUGGUAACAGGGAGUGCUAAUUUGUAUUUUGGAGUGAAACUAAGUGGGGAUGAAUGUUACAGACACUCUUCUUGGUUUUCUGGCAUAACUUUCAAGAGAAGUAUACACAGAGAGAUUUCAAGGUCGUCGAAGUUCUUGCGUUUCCAUGGAUAUGACUUUUCUAAAGCCCCUUCUAUUGAGAAUGGCGCUUCCCUCAGAAAUGUUACACUAUCAUGUUUGACUGAUAAUGCUACCAAGUACUUUGAUUUCAUUGUCAUUGGAAGUGGAGUUGCUGGCCUUCGUUACGCUCUAGAAGUUUCGAAAUAUGGGUCUGUUGCAGUAAUUACUAAGGCCGAGCCUCAUGAGAGCAACACAAACUAUGCACAAGGUGGAGUCAGUGCCGUUUUGUGCCCCUUGGAUUCUGUAGAGAACCACAUGCGGGAUACUAUCGUUGCCGGGGCUUAUUUAUGUGAUGAGGAGACUGUCAGGGUGGUGUGCACAGAAGGUCCUGACAGAGUCAAGGAGCUAAUAGCCAUCGGUGCAUCGUUUGAUCACGGAGAUGAUGGAAACCUGCAUCUCGCAAGGGAGGGUGGGCAUUCUCAUCACAGAAUUGUCCAUGCUGCCGAUAUGACUGGAAGAGAGAUUGAGCGGGCAUUAUUGAAGGCUGUUGAUGGCAAUCCUGGCAUUUUCAUGUUCGAACACCAUUUCGCUAUAGAUUUGCUGACUUCUCAGGAUGGUUCAGAAAUAUACUGCCAUGGGGUGGACACUCUAAAUACCGAAACACAACAGGUGGUCCGUUUUAUCUCCAAGGUGACUUUACUUGCAUCGGGAGGAGCAGGACAUAUCUACCCCACAACUACGAAUCCACCGGUAGCCACUGGGGACGGAAUGGCAAUGGCGCACCGAGCUCAAGCUGUGAUCUCCAACAUGGAGUUUGUGCAGUUCCACCCCACAGCACUAGCUGAUGAAGGACUUCCAAUCAGGCCGACAAAGGCCCGUGAAAAUGCAUUUCUGAUAACGGAAGCCGUCAGGGGAGAUGGCGGCAUCCUCUACAAUCAGGCCAUGGAAAGGUUCAUGCCUUUGUAUGACGAGCGAGCAGAGCUCGCUCCAAGAGAUGUAGUUGCGAGGAGCAUCGACGACCAGCUGAAGCAGCGCAAGGAGAAGUAUGUGCUGCUCGAUAUAAGCCACAAACCAAAGGCCGAGAUCCUCUCCCACUUCCCCAACAUAGCUGCCGAGUGCCUCCAUUACGGGCUAGACAUAACCCGUGAGCCAAUGCCGGUAGUCCCCGCUGCUCACUACAUGUGUGGAGGCGUCCGCGCCGGGCUCCACGGGGAGACCAACAUCAGGGGCCUAUAUGUGGCUGGUGAGGUUGCAUGCACAGGUCUACACGGGGCGAACCGCCUCGCCAGUAACUCAUUGUUAGAGGCUCUGGUGUUUGCGCAGCGGGCCGUACAGCCAUCAGUAGACCACAUGGCGGAAAUGUCCCUUGAAUUCAGCGUGUCGAAUGCAUGGGCCCGGCCAGUGCUGCCCAUAUCGCUCAAGAGCUGCGUUUUGGAUGAUAUAACGAGGAGGACGAAACAGACGAGGGAGGAGAUGCAAGUGAUAAUGUGGGAGUAUGUGGGGAUCGUGCGGUCGACGAGUAGGUUGAAGACAGCUGAGUGGAGGCUGAAUGAGCUGGAGGAGGAGUGGGAGGACUACUUGAAUAGGCAGGGAUGGGAACCUACGAUGGUUGGGCUGGAAGCUUGUAAGAUGAGGAACUUAUUCUGCUGCGCGAAGCUGGUGGUGAGCAGUGCACUGGCACGUCAUGAGAGUCGUGGGCUCCACUUCACUAUCGAUUUCCCACAUUUGGAAGAGAGCAAGAGGCAGCCCACCAUCAUCUUCCCGAGCUCGCCUAUGAAGGUGUCGUGGAGUUCACAGCAAGUCCACAAGCAGUACCAUUUCUGAUACUGAAGCUCUGCAGUCCUGUUGAUUAGGUGGGCUCCACUUGCACACGUGAGAUCACCGUUGAUUAGGUGGACCCCGCUUGGUACGUGCCAUGGCUCGAUGAUCAGGACAGUCCAUUCACUAGGAACUUUUGAAUUUGUAUGGUUGGUUAGUUUCUUUCAACCAUGCAUUUUCUUUUUUUCCAUGAGUGUGGGCAUUGCUGCCGGAUAACGCGAUUGGUACGGUUUUCGGGCCACGUAACGUGCAUGGUGGGGCCCACCAGAUGAAUAAGCAUUGCAUUGCAUGGUGGGGCCCACCAGAUGAAUAAGCAUUGCAUUGCUAAAAUAAGCCAUCUUUCAGGUAAUGAUCUGAAAUAUUGGGUCUAAUACUAUUUAUUUUAGCAGAUCUUUGAAUGGGGCCCACUUUGCUAAAAUUGAAUUUUUGGUGCAAAAAAGUGCCUAUUUUUCAUUCAUCAGAAUAUUUACAUGUAGGGCCCACUUUGUUACAAUUGUAUCAAACAGCUGGCAAUUCAUUUUUUCAAUUUUCAUUCAUCAAAUAGUUAAUAAUUUUUA